AUGUACAUAUAUUAUACUAAGCGCAGCAGAAAGAUUGGCACCAUGCGUCCGGUAAUCCCAAAACGUGGAGAGAAAGAUUUUGAGCCCGCUCCAGGAGGGGGUUCGGGUCUUCAAGUCCAUGUGUUGGACCGAGCACGCGCUGCGAUGUUCGACGCCCUCAAAGCUGAUCGCGCUAUAUCUAGUAAAUCUGCUAGCUAUGGCAUCUGGUUCCCGCAAAUAUCUCGCGUUCACGUCACCGUUGCCAGAGGCAUCCACUUUUCUGUCAUGGGCCAUUCAGCAGCACGGCCCACAUCAAUUGAUAACGGCUCGGCGAAGCUGCAGAAGAGACUAGAGUUACUGCCAGAAGAGGCACUUUAUCUAAUUGAAAGGGGUGCUUUGUUCUGCUGGAAAGACAUUCAAGCAGAUUUGACUGGAUUGGAUGACGUUGAAGGUGCUCCGAUGUCUGUUCAACAGGCUUUUGCAGAAAUAAUUGGGAAGGAAGAUCUGACGCUCGAAAAAUAUCAGGUCUUUGCAUACCUGAGGCGCUUGGGGUAUGUCGUCACCCGCACAGAUCCACCCAGUCCCAGUUAUCCAGUACCCCCACCUCGCCUAAGGAGUGAAGCAACUCCCUCAUUCUGCCGAAGAUCAUUAUCAAUCUUCUCGCUGUUUACGACGAGUGUUUUGAGAUUUUGGAGAGGGUCGUUCAAUUGGUGGAAACCACUCAGGAUAAGUCGGUUGAUACAUUACAAUAAAUCAUAUGGCAAGGUCCUCAAGUCUCUGCGAGUCAUACCUGCAGGUCACUCCGUCACGCCUCAUUCAAGUUGUGCGACUCCUGUCACACCCUCGUCUCCAUACAAGAUAUUCUACAACAUGUACAAGCCCUCGACCAACUUUCGGAAAACUACUCCCCCACAACCUGAUUUCCAGAUUGUCAUUAUCAAUGCGCGAACCGCUUUGGUGCCCUCUCUGUACGAAUUAACGGAGCUAUUCAAUGUUCUUCCGGAAACUCCCCCACCUCUCCCACGAAAGCGCGGAGCACCUCCGGUAGUUCAAUCAUUCCCUGCAGCAGUUGCGUCGCCCGUCAACACAUCAAUAUUCAAAUAUAUAUUCUCGUGGUUGUUGCCAUUAUCAACGCCACAGCCUAUAUCAUCUCAACCACGGCCGCAUCCAUUUGCAGCACUCAAGGCUGGCAAAAAGAAUAUAGUCAUCGCGGCUGUGGACUCGGGUAACAUCAGUUUCUUUCGAUUCAGCCAAGGCGCUUUUGAAGAGUGGCCGACUCUCUAGCGUCUUUAGCGCUCGAGCUCCGGUCUUUUCGCCACGAAAAAGUACACGCUUACGUACAAUGUCAUGUAUACAGAUGACAGACUAUUGCAUGUUGCGGCUCCCUCCAAAGUGCAGAAUUGUACAAAGCACUCUGGUUGAGUGUUGUGUGCAGAGCUGCAGAGACGUCGGGACCUUCCGCCGUGGAGAUGGGGUAGCUGCUAGCACUGAAUCUGGCCAAUAGUGAGACCACUGUUAGAAUCUAUAUCCACGCUGCCAGUUCAUACGUACUCGCAGCAAGCCUUCGGAAUAGUCAGGCAGAAAUUCCAGCGGGCAUUUGUGUGAUUGUUGUUUCGAGAUCAACGUGCCUCGAAACCAUAAUUCACGCAAAUGCGCAA